AACGUGAAUGUUACUUUCCAAAAACGGUUUUAUGAAGAAAGAGGCGAUUUUCUCACGAAGACAGUGGACCAACGAUGUUAUCGUGGGUCCGUACGGCAGCAUAUCCCGGACCCCGUUGAAAAGAAGAAAACUAUAAAUAUAAAAAAGGCACAAUCCUACGACAUCCAUCCGCCAUGGCUUCAAAAGCGAGGAAGUGGGCAACAAUCAUUUCUUUCACUGCUUCCAGAAUAUUCUUUUUCUUCAUCUUCUUCCAAAUUCCUCUUUUCAGAUUUCCAUGUAGAAUUGGAACAUGCAUGACACCAAUGGAGCUAACAUCUUCUCAUUUACUUGCGAGUGAAGUAAUUCCUUCAGGGGUAGUGACAGCUGUCCUUUACCCAGGUGCCAUUGCAAAAGCUCUUUUCAAUGAUAAACCUAUUCCAAAAUACAAUGCCUUAUUAGACUCAUACAAGUUAAAAAAUCUCAAACAAAACCCUUCAGUUACUGAUCUUCAACAUAUCGAGGUUUUAGCAGGGAGUUAUUUGGCAAUUGCUGGUGCGAUGAUAGGGUUGUAUAGAUCAAGGAGAUUGGGAUUUUUUGGGAUGAUUUUGUUAAUUUGGGGACUUUCUAAAGAACCCCAUUUCAACAAAAGACAUGAAGUUUUCAAAAAUUACAAAAAUGCCAUUUCGGUUUACUACCCGCCUAUGUCUAUCACGGUCGUUUCUGCGUUCCUUUCUAUAAGAAAUGAUGUUAGGAAGAUUGUUUCUUGUUUCAAGUGGAGUUUUUCAAAGUCAAAAUACAAAUGAAGCUUUCGAAAAAUCAUGUAUUUUCUUCUUUUUUUUUAUUGUCAAAGAUGUAGUUUUCGUAGUCCAAAUUGGUUCAUAUGUUAGAAUUUAUUUCUCAUUGAUGGUUCAUGGAAUAUGCUUAUAUGUUUCCUUUCUAAUUACAUUUUUUAUGUUAUAUGUUUGAGAUGUGGUCAAUAAAUAAAACUUGCAUUAACUAUGCUUCGGAUGAA